UUUCAGCCGUACCCCAAAAAUGUGGCAGUUGCUAGUGCCACUAGCUGUCCUUUUGACAGUUAGUGGGCAGUCAACUGAUGAAAUAUCUCACGAGAGGAUAUUUCUCAAGUACCCGAGUUCUUUCGUCAAUUUCACAUCCGACAACUGGAAGCUCACAGAAACCGAUAACCAACUGAUCAUCGCUGUGAAAUUCCAAGCUUCAAGCCACAUUGGACAGAUUUUCAGUGUUAGAUUUAUUAAUCCAGAUGGUAGUUUAAAGGCAUUGUUAACCGCUGGAAUUGCUGCUGGAAUUCUUCAAAUAAACCUUUACGAUGACAAGAACACAAAGAUUCUAAAUAAGCCGAUGGAGAAUAGUCCGAUUAACGUCCACGAGCACAGUCUUGCUGUGGGACUAAACACAACGGCUCGAAAUCUUUGGUACAAGCUGGGCGCCGACAACGACCUGAACUGCGAGAUCAAUCAAGCAAUCGAUAUCUCGAAUACCGAAGUGACGGUGACAAUCGGUGGAGGAAGUCAGUCAAUGAUCGGGUGUGUCUCUAUUGUAGCUGUUUCCGCUGGAGAGAGCUCUCCAGUGUCCCAAGGAACUCCGAUCGCUUAUCAGGAUAUUGAUGAGUGCCCGAAAGCGGAUGCCUGCACAACGAAGGAUUGUAAUACGGGUCGCUGCAUCCAACUUGAAGUUCCCACCUGUGACUGCUACGGUACAGAGAUGGCCGGCCCGAAUUGUCGACUGCCUGCUCCAACCAUCCAACUCCGCAACAAUGAUGAAAACGAGGAAUCAUCUGCGUAUCUUCGCUACAAGCCGUGGGAGAUGGACUCCCAUUUCAGCCGUCUUUCCAUGGAUUUCAGAUUUUCGGAUUCUGACGCAAAGGAGGGAAUUCUGGUGUACGGAGAGACAAGUCAGGGGAAAAUUUUCAAGAUUUAUGUGGUCGGUACCAAGGGAAAAGUGAUGCUUGACACGACUAAUGUAGCGGAUUUCGAGUUGAGAGAGGACCAUUCAAUAUUCCAUAGUAUCAUCGUCAAAAUCGUGGACGGAAUAUUCAAUAUGCUCGUGGACGAUAAUGUCCACCGACGGGCAUUCAAUGAAAGUGAUGCUCUGGUUUUUGAUACAAUUCAAUUUGGAGCACCUAUUCCGACGGAUGUUUCUGAAGUCGGGGUCACUGCGUGUGUCAAGAAUGUCUAUGUCGAUCAUGUUGAUAUUAUUGAACUGGCGGUUUUGACGAAUGAUUCGAGGACGACUGCUUCAAGAGUCCGGUCUUGCAACAACGAGGAUCUCACAGAAUUCCAAGGGCCAUCUCUAUUCUCUGCUGAUCCUCUCGCGGAAAUUUUAGUCGAAGAUCCCAGUGAUAUUAAAUCAGAGUUUGGUGAGAGUGUGAUUGGAGCUGAUAUGUUCCCGGUGCCAAGUAACAAAAAACCCAAAACACAGCCUCUCAGCAGCUGUGAGAAGGCGAAUGCAUAUAUGUGCCAGAACGGAGCCGGUUGCAAGAAGGAGAGCGAGACGGAGUUUACUUGCUUCUGCAAAGAGGGAUAUAUCGGGAAGUUUUGCCAAUUCACAACAAUCCCUCGAUCCUGUGCAGAAGCCUACGACUUCUUGAAGCUUCCGAAUGGUGCCACAUGGGUUGAUGUGGAUGGGAAUAGAAAGUUGGAUCCUUCCGUGACAAUGUGCACUGACGGGCAAACUGAAAUCCCGCAUGACAUGAAGCCCGGCUAUGUGGUCCGAGAUACCACUUACCAAAAUCAUUCGCUCUUUGUUCUUAGCUACAGAGAUUUUAACUCUUGGCAACUUGCCAAAUAUAUCAAAAACUCGGGAAGUUGCUCUCAAACCGUUAAUUAUCGUUGCAAUAAGGCUCCGCUGAGAUUCAAAGAAGGAAAAACGUGGUUCAAAAGUGUCUCCAACGCGACGGAGAAGAUCAAGCAAAUUGGAAUGCUGCCGAACUCUUGCCCAUGUCUGGAUCGCGGAUGUCAAUCUGGAGAAAAGUGCAACUGUGACUCUGGAGCCAUUUCGGAGGACAUCGGAGAGCUCACUGGCAGGUAUUCGGGAAUUUGUGAAGUGGUCACACUUUUUGACGAGGCUGAUGUUCGGGCAGAGAUGACGAUUUCAGAGCUGAAAUGUUCAGGAUAUGAAAAUGAGAAGCCCAUCAGGUUCACUGAAAGGACGGAGCUUAAGAUCUCCGACUGGACUGGAGAAUCCAUAGAUCUUCAAUUCCGAACAACAGAAACCCCUGCCUCCCUGGUGACCGUCCAAGGAAACUAUGGUGAAAAGAUCAUAAGUGUAUCACUGACGGACGGGCACACAGUUCAAAUUAGCAAUUUCGAAGCUCUCAAGAUUAUCGAGUCCCAGACAAAACUAAACGACAGUAACUGGCAUCACGUGCUCAUUGAGCUUGCGGACGGUGAAAUCCGGGUUACCGUAGACGCCACACAUGUGCUGAUGACUAUUGGGGAUAAUGCGGUUUUGGAGGGAAGUGUGGUGCUCGGUGGAGAAGGAGACGGACUUAUCGGCUGCGUUCGGAAUGUGCUGAUUAAUGACGAGCCUGUGAACCUUCAGGAAAUCGUGAAAACUUCUGAGAAAACAGGAAUCACCGAAACUUGCGACACCCGAUGCACUGCGGACUUUUGUCAAAACGGUGCAAAAUGCUACGAAGAUUUUGUGUCAGGAAUGCCAUUCUGUCAGUGUGCCUUCCCGGAUGUACAUUCCGGUGUGAACUGUGAGAUCGAUAUAAACACGAAUUCGUCAGUCAGCUUCCAUGGUGGAUAUCUAAAGUUCGACGAUGUGAAGAAUGUGCUGAAUGCUCCGAUUUACUUCAGUUUUAGGACGGAUAGAACUCACGCGUUGUUGUUCUUUGCACACGAUCAGAAUAACAAUUUCUUACAGGUUCACCUUUCCGAAGAAGUGAAUGUAACCCUGACGCUCAACAAUUUGGACAUUGUCUCUCAAUGCACCGUCCGUGCUCAACCUGGCACAGAAUACGGAGAUAUGAGGUGGAUUCAAGUUGCAAUUACUCAUGACUCGAAAUCUUCUCAGCUGCAAGUUGACGACGCUGCGUGCACUAUUAGAACGUCCCGAGUGCUGUCCGAAAUACCAAUUACUCGACUAUUGGAUGUCUAUAAUUCAGAAUUAGUUGGAAUGCCAGUUGGACUUGCCGCACCGGUUAAGCCUAAUCCUUACACUUUUACUUUUAUCGGAAACGUGAAUACAGGAGAGAAGACUAAUGAUGGCUCUUUCAUCUUGGCGCCAAAGUACGAGUCCCCAAUUCCGCGUUUCUAUGGAUGUAUCCGAGGAUUUCAGAUUAAUCGAGAAAUGAUCGAUAUGAGGGAGAAAACGGAACACUUGGCGACAAGUGAGAUGUAUGAAGCAUAUGGGCCAGCGCUGGUAAAAGUCGGCUGCGAAGUUGGCUGCUCUUCAAUCACCUGCUUAAACGGGGGUCAUUGCUCUGUUGCCUGGGCUAACACGGAUCCAUCAGCUGCUACAACGACUUGUGACUGCUCCCGUACCAGCUACACCGGAGCAUCUUGCUCACUGGACGAGGGAGUUCAUAUGGAGCGAAGUGGAUUUAUUGAGUUUGACAUUUCAAAAGAGAUGGCGAGAUAUGUUUUCAUUGAACAAAACUCAAAAAUCCCGCAGCUUUUAAAGUUUGCAUUUUCAUCCAGUCCGGAAAUAGUGCUGAAAGACAAGUCAAUGCUAGCUCUCGUGGUUUUCAGAGAGAAACAAAAACUGGAAAUCGAGAUCAACCCGAAUCGAACUAUCAACGUUGCAAUCACUUAUGAGAAUGGUAAAUCUGAUGUGCUGAAUUUUGUCGGAGAUUUUCUAGACGGGUACCGCCAUUUUGUAGUGGUGCAGACAAAUCAAGCAAGUGCAACUGCUGUCAUGAUCGACUCAUUGCGUCAAGACUUUGAGUACCGCGGAAAAGAUAAGAACAUAGAUUUAUUCAACGCGGAAAGGAUCCGAAUUGGAGGUGGCCCACGAGAUCGUUACACCGAAACCGAUGGAUAUUUGAAAGCAGGAUAUACUGGAUGUAUUUCCAAUUUCAUUGUCGACUAUCAACGUGGCUCCUCACUAACCUACAAACCAAUCACCUACUUUGCGAACCCCACUCACCAUCUCUCCAAGCUCAUCAUGACCAAUCGAAUCGUAUUAGGUGGAUGUGCAGCUUUCGAAGUUCCGAAUUCUCUUCCAGUUUAUCAGAAUCGAGUCAAGUUCCCAGUUUGGGAUACCGAGUUUAGAAGAUUUGUCUAUUUUCGUGAUGUUGAACCAUUGAACGAUAAUAAUGAUACCGAAUGGACUGAUGAGGAUAGUGGAUCGCUUAUGUGGGUCGUAUUUAUCAUUUUCGUGCUCGGUGUGAUCUUCCUGAUCAUCUUCUGCAUUUUCAUGAAGUGCUGCAGGGAGAAGAUUCAUGCACGAGACGAUGAGUACUUACACGACGAGGAUAUACCUCUACAUAUGGCGCCGACGAUUUUGAGACACCCACAGCCAAGUCCACCACCAAUCAAAAAAUCAGCGGCGAGCAACUACAAGAUCCCAAACCCGAACAUCGAUUUUAAUAAGGAUGAAGAUCACACGCGCGCCACGAGCAUCACCUCGUCCGGCAUCUCCGGAUAUUUCACUGCUCAGGAAAAUACGUUUGACUAUGAUGAUGAGGAUGAGUUUGCCGGCAUCGCAGACGACAAUGUGACGGACGAUGUGACGGUACGCAAUGAGGUUGAUGAUAGUGAUAAUGAGACGAUUCGUCAUAUUGAUGAUGAAGUACAGGAUGAGGAUGGUAUGGUUAUUGUGUCACGUCCAACACAAGUAAGCCAUCUACCACAACGUGUAUCCUCCUUCCGAACCGGUGACCCAACCGCUCCAAAAGAUAGCCCAUUAUACUCAAAUAUUCGGCCACCAACGUCUCCAAUUCAUGCAAGUGUGCCAGUUCCACCGCCAAGAAUGUCAAAUAAUUCUCCGUUUGCCUAGAUUUUUGAAUUCUUUUUUUGCUCCAAUCACCUCCCCAAUGUAUAACGUGUAUUUCAUUUCGCACCUUUGUUUUAACUUUUUAAUUUAAUUUAAUAAUUUUUUUUUCGAAUUUUUCUGGUUAAAAAUAAAAAAUUCUAAAUGUUAAAAUCUCAAUAAAGUUUUAAAAAAUCUCAAAAUUUCGAGAAAA